GCAACCCACCAAACUUCUCUCGCGUGCAGAAAUAGCUCAAGCUCGGCAGCAGACCACGAAAGUACGUCGUCGUCCCAAUCCCAACGGGGAGGAGAGGAUGCGCCGUCUCGUCGCCGCCCUGCUCCUCGCCUUCGCCUCCGCCUUGCUGCUCCCCCAUGGCCGCGAAACCUUCUCCGCCGCGGCGAAUAUCACCGAGCCGUGCAACCGCCGGUGCGGCGGCGGCGGCGUCCCUUACCCGUUCGGCUUCUCCGCCGGCUGCCCGAUCCCCCUCUCCUGCGACGACGCCAACAGCUCCGCGCUCCUGAACGCCACGCACACGACGGCCCCGUGCCGCGUGGUCUCCUUCAACUCCUCCGCCUCCACCGUCGUCGUCUCCCUCCCGCCGUCCUGCGACCGCACCGUGGAGCAAGCCAAGGCCGCGCUCUCGGGCGCCAACUACGGCGUCUCCGCCCGGACCGGGCUGUUCCUCCGCGGCGGCGGGUGCCGCGCGUGGCCCAACGCCUCCGCAUGCAGCGUGCCCGCGGGGGUCAUGUCCAGGCUCCUCCGCAACGCGCAGUGCAUAGGCAACGACACCUCCGCCGGCGCCGCCGCGGGAGCCGUGGCAUGCGUCGCUUCCGCCGCGCAGAACGCGACGGCGGAGACGUUCCUGAGCUGGGACAAGGCGGAGAAGACCAAGUGUGACGACUUGCUGACGUCGGCGGUGUACAUGGACGCGGAGGAUCAGGGGGCCGGGGGCUCGCUGGAGUUCGGCGUGGCGGAGCUGGGAUGGUGGCUCAACGGCACGUGCGCCGCCGCGGGGCGUUGCGCGGCGAACGCGACGUGCACCGACGUGCGGACGCCGGGAAACACGGCGGGGCACCGGUGCGCGUGCGAGGCGGGGUUGGAAGGAGACGGGUUCUCCGCCGGCGACGGGUGCUACCUCAGAGCUAAGCGGGGUCGUUCUAAGAAGACUGUGGCCAUAAUUGGAGGUGUCUUGGCGAGCGUGACGGUGGCGGCUGCCAGUGUGCUCCUGCUAUGUUGGGCACAACGCCGGCGCUCCGGCUGCUAUGGCCGGUCUGACUCCAACCGUUCGGCAGCGAAGCGUCUCCUGUCAGAGGCGGCGGCGUCGAGCGGCGUGCCGGUGUACUCGUACAACGAGAUGGCACGUGCAACCAGCUCCUUCUCCCACACGCACCGCCUCGGCACGGGCGCCUACGGCACGGUCUACGUUGGCAGGCUCCCGACGAGCUCGCCGGUGCUCGUGGCCAUCAAGCGCCUCCGGUGUCGCCACGACGACGACGACGACGACGGGAAGGCCGUCUCACGGCUCCUCAACGAGAUCAAGCUCAUCUCCUCGUUGAGCCACCCCAACCUUGUUCGCCUCCUCGGCUGCUGCCUCGACCGCGGCGAGCAGAUCCUCGUCUACGAGUUCGUCCCCAACGGCACGCUCUCUCACCACCUUAUCGGCGGUGGCAAUGGCGGCGUCAGGCUGCUAUGGCGCGCCAGGCUCCGCGUUGCGGCGGGGAUUGCCGCCGCCGUGGCUUACCUACACGCCGCCCGCCCGCCCAUCCUCCACCGAGACAUCAAGUCCAGCAACAUCCUCCUCGGCACCGACCUCCGCGCCAAGCUCGCCGACUUCGGCCUGUCUCGCGUCGGUGCCGGACUCGACUUGUCGUCGACGCGCUCGCACGUGUCCACGGCGCCGCAGGGCACGCCGGGGUACGUCGACCCGGAGUACCACCAGAGCUUCCACCUCUCCGACAAGAGCGACGUGUACAGCUUCGGCGUCGUGCUGCUCGAGCUCAUCACCGCCAUGAAGGUCGUCGACUUGGAUCGCCCGCCCAACGAGGUCAACCUCGCCAGCCUCGCGCUCGACCGCAUCGGCAAAGGGAGAGUCCACGAGAUCGUCGACCCGGUGCUCCUCGUCGAGAACGGCGGCGAGGAAUGGGUCAUGGAGUCGGUCCGACACGUCAGCGAGCUCGCCUUUAGGUGCCUGGCGUUUGACAAGGAUGUCCGGCCGUCCAUGAGCGAGGUGGCCGCCGAGCUUUGCCGUAUCAGGGACACGGCUCCAGAUUCCAGGCUCGACAGGCCUAUGACGGAACCAAUUGACGGCGUGGGGUUUGAUGGACUGGCCACGACGGUGAAGAAAUCCCAGUCGCCAGUGUCCGUGCAGGAGGUUUGGAUCAGCGACCAGAGCCUGCCGUCGAGCAACGGCUCAAUGCCACGCUUCCAGUAGCUAAGUUAGCUCUCUUACGCAAGGUAGAUAAAAUGCAAAUUUUUUGGUUUGUUGCGAUGAGAUGAAAUGUAAUUUAUACCUUCUUUUUUUUUUUACCAUGAUGAAGGUUCCUGUACAGUUACACAUGUACAGAUUUACCAUAACAUUAUGUAACACAAGCCCAUAGAUUUCAAGAAGAGAAGUUGAUGGUAUAUCGACAGCAUCCUAAGAAAUUGCAACUUCGGUUUGAUCAUGGUAACAAGAUCAACACAAGAGCAGACUUGUUUCCAUCUGCGUGACAUUGCCACAGCAUUGGAAAUAGCUAUGGUGUUUACACACUGCAAAAUGAUACUUAUCCAUGCUUUGUUUCCUCCACCAAUAGCACCGGACCACAUAGAACUUAUCCAUACCUCAUUCCUAUAAAUGCUGAGUCCAUGGAGGCCAGAGGAGGCACUAGCUAGUCCAGAACAGCAUAAAACACUUGGCAACAAACAAGGUCUCAGGGAGCAUCUGAAGAAUACAGGAUGUGCUACAAGGUGGAGUGCAACAAGUGCGGCAAGUUCACAUGGAACGGCUGCGGCAAACAUGUCGCAGCCGUCUAUGACGGAAUCGAGAAGGGAAAGCACUGCAACUGCAAGGAGUGGCCAGGUGUGGACACAACGGCAGGAGGCUCGACUUCAACCACCAAAGAAGGUGAAGCAAAGGCCUGAAUUCAUGCUUGCCGGAUCUAGAGGUGCAACAUGGUGACUCUCAGGAAUCAGGUACAUAACAAGCUAAUGAAUGAAAAGAAGUGAUUGUGAGAAGCAUGGAUAUUGCGGUGUUAGCGAGCGCAGGGCCAUGAUAUGUCACCGCGGUCAAUGCGAUGAAUCUCAAAGGGAGCAUCUUCUACAUUGAAAUGGAGGUACUCCUCCCUGCUGCUGGUGCCCAAUGUAUAAACAGGCGAUGUUGCAGUGCGACGUGUCCAGGUGAUCUUCAGCUUCUUCUAUGCUUACCAACAUUUUCCUCCUUGUAACAAUGGCUUUCUGCAUAGCCCAUGAUUCAGCAAAAGGAACUAUCUACUGAUGGAGAUCAAAGCAUUCACACCUGUUGAAUACGUGCAGUGUUACUGUAUUCAUCAAAGAUGAAGGACAUACAAGCAAUAAAAAUUUGCAAUGCUGCAGCAUUUCUCAUAA